AGGUAAGUAUAUUUCUAGUUAGUUAUGGUUAGUUAGUCGAAUCAAAAUGGCUAGCCGUGCUUCGACUGUCGUUCGUCAAGUGAAACCAAUUCUAUCUGUUAAUCAAGAAGAUGCACGUCGAAGAGUACUCACGUUAUAUAAAGCAUGGAUCCGUCAAGUACCAAUCUCAUUGUUAAGUUACGAUAUUCCUAAAACUGAAGCAGAAUGUAAGAAAAAAAUACGUGAAGAAUUUAAGCGUCAUGCUCAUCUGACUGAUCUAAGGAUAAUUGACAAGCUUAUUAUAAGGGGUCAAAUGGAAUUGCAAGAAGUAGCAAAUGUGUGGAAAACUAAAGGAGGAGUUAUGCAUUAUUGGAAGGAAACGUGGGAAAAGAAGCCAACUGAUUUCAUGUCAAAAUUUCUUAGUGGUCAGGAUUAAUUUUCUCUAUUAAUUCAUGAGAAGCAUCAUAGAAAUAUAUAACUGUAAUAAUGUAUGUAUAUAAAUGUAAAUACAAGAAUUUCAAUCAA